AAAACUAAACAAAGCUUUAUUAGAGAUCAUUUCAUCUCGGUUAUUGAAGCCGGAUCAAUCUAAACAGCGUAUCCAAAGCAAGUGCGUGCCGGUCAGGUAGUUGGACAAAACAUUACGCCAACCAAGAACGUACUAGCAUAAACACAAAUCUUACCACGUGGUCAUCCACCAACAAAAGAUAACAUCAGUUCCAUUCCAAAUUCCGUACUCUACGUCUUUCGCGGGGCAUUCCUUUGGCCUCUAAACCCGUUUGGAACAUCGUAGGAGAACAGAUAAUCACUAGAGAUUCUCUUGGUCAAAAAUGGACGAGAAGCUUGGUUCCAGUGAAUCAACGCCCAAAUCUCCUCUUGAACGCAGCGAAGGCCACGAGUUUGAUGACGUCUUCAAUCACGUCAAGUCCUUUGGCAGAUACCAAAAAAUCGUGUACUUCUCCUUACAUAUGCUGAUUUUCCCCAUCACCACGCAGUUUGACGCGCUGGUAUUUGCCUUCAGUACGCCUAACUUUCACUGUGAGACUGCCAACGUCACGUGCCCUUCCAAGAAAUGUUGCAAGGGAUGUACGUCAUACGUGUUCGACGGACCUUUUAACAGUACCGUUUCCGAGUGGAACCUGGUUUGUGACCGUGCGUACCUGGGUGCCAUUAUACAAUCUUGUUACUUUGCCGGGAUGACGAUUGGUUCGUUUGCGACCGGGAUGAUAUCCGACGCCUGGGGACGAAAGAAGUGUAUCUUCUUUUCCACUGCCAUCAUGCUUUUAGGUGGUAUUGGGUCUUCUGUCGUCGACUGCAUCUCCUUUCUUGGAUUUCUUCGGUUUGUUGUCGGGUUUGGAUUGAGUGGAGCCAUGCUUGCUCUCUAUAUCUACUGCGUGGAGUUAGUUGGCCCCAAACGACGUACACUUGUUGGAAAUAUUACGUUCGUUUACUUCAGUGGCUUUGGAAUAGGCGCUGUCUUCUUUGCGUAUUUUAUUCGUGAAUGGAGAAUGCUUCUUUUGGUCCUCACACUUCCUGCUGUGCUGCUGUUUCCUUUCUGGAGGGUAAUGCCCGAGUCCCCUCGUUGGCUGAUCGCCAAUAACAAGCUGGAUGAAGCUGAAAGAAUCCUCAUGAAGUUUGGAGGGAAAAGGGGCAGACCAAUUGACCGCGACCAGUUAAGAAAACUAAUUUUAGACGUAAGGGAAGAUCAGGUAAAUAAGGAAGCAAGUGCUAAAAGGUACACACCUCUGGAUCUUGUUCGCACCGCAAAGAUGAGGAAAUGGGCCAUCAUCAUGAGUUAUCAAUGGUUCGUGGUUGCAUUGGUGAGCUUCGGUAUUCUGUUGUUUGUGUCUCAGUUGGCUGGAAGCGUCUACCUAAACUUCCUGAUUAUCACUACUGCACAGGCAUUCAAAGUUGUCUUAACGUACUUUGUUUUUUUGAAGUUUGGUCGUCGUAUUGGCCAUGCAGGCUUCAUCGUGCUCGUUGGAACCAUUCUCCUUCUUGUUCUUGCCGUAAACAAAGAUUACCCUUGGGCAACCACAGUCCUGUCACUUCUUGGUUACAUCUUGAUUGACUGUAACUGGACGGGUGUAUAUAUCAUCACUCCAGAACUCUUCCCAACUGUACUAAGGAACACAGCCCAAGGAACUGGAUCGACAAGUGCUCGUAUUGGUGGAAUCUUGGCUCCUUUUGUAGCAAUGAUGAGUCAGUUGCCAGGUUUUGGAAUCGCUGGGCCUGUCAUCAUCUUUGGUGUGCUGGCGUUAAUUGCUGGGGUAAUGAUGUAUUGGAUCCCAGAGACUCUGUACGCCCCGAUGCAUCAGACCAUCGAGGAGGCAGAAGCCGCUAAGGAAGACUUUGGAAUACCUUGCUUCGGUGGAAGGAAUAAAACAGCUUUGGAAGUGGGAAGUGACAUCGAAAUUAGUAAACUGUAGAUUUUUUAAUUUGCGAAUUUCAAAAAAGAGAAUGAAUGAAAGAAAGAAAGAAAGAAAGACAGACAGACAGACAGACAGACAGACAGACAGAUAGACAGAAAAAAGUAUAAACUAUUGUAUGUUAAUUGUUAUAUACGUUUGAGUCUAGCUGCUCAAUCAAUUAUUGCAUCUCGGAAUACCUUUAUAACUCUAAAUUAAGACAUAUUAUGUAGAUAACGACUAGUUUUGGAACUAGUUUGGACUGCGUCGGUGUUUUUUUAGUUGAAUCAAAUGUGUCGUAGUAGAUAAUUUAAUCACCGUAA